GGCAGGCUCUAGAUUUCCCUCUAUUUAAAAUGCAAUCAUCGCCCUACUUGUCAUAUGUGGGGCUUUUGUCUCUCUUGUCUGUGAACCAUCUACUACACUACAACCAUCACUCACUGGAACAGGCACAGUGACAGACAGGGUUAGCUACAGACCAGCCGCCUGCCUCACACAGCUAGAGUACAAUACCAAACCAGCAUACCUGAAAGAAGACAUCUCCCAACCAAACUUUGAACAGACUUCAGCACUGUAGUUAGGUCGCAGGACUGGGAGUAAAGAUGAUUUUAACCAAUAUAUUGAUGGUGUCUCUCUAUGGGCUCUCUCUGGCCCAAGGGGAAGGAAUGGAGAGGAUCCAGGAAUGUAAAACCAGAUGCUCCAAGGGCCUCCAUUGCAAAAGUAAAACCCACUAUUCCUUUGCCCCAUGCAGGACCCAGAAAGCAGGCCUCAACACCAGUGUUGUCUUCCACAACGUCAGCCUGUCCACAGUGAUGAGGUGUGAGGGGAAACAGAAGUGCUCUCUUCACUUUCGAGUUCACACUGCUCUUCAGCUCAGUGGCACAUGAUUACCGCAUACAAAGCCUGUGGGAUCAGCAGAGGCAUUCAGAGCAAGCACAUCCAUGGCGUCUCCAUAUGCACUGUCACCGCAGGGAUGAUGUUGGAAAUCUGUAGGCUCGUCAGCUUCCCCAGAGUAGCCAGAGCGAGACUGGAGGGACAGCAGUUGGAGGUUCAGAAUGACUGCUCUGAGGUGUGGCCAGGUCAAUACGUUCACGUCACUCUAAAGACAAAUCCAAGCUACUGUGGAGUCACCUGGACAAGCACUUACCAAGUCCCAGAAUGUAGCAGCAGAGAUCUUCGGAGUAACAUUCCAGAAUGCAUCACUGGGAGGCUAGCGUACACUGUGGACUCAGACAGAAAGGAGCUGGCUGUGUCUGUCUCAGACAUGUUGGAGGAUAAAGACUAUCACCUGAGACUGUGUCACAGAAAAGACUACACCUGUAGAGACACAGGGGCCAACGCACUGAUCAGAAAGGAGGAUGUGCUGAAGAAUACUACUCUGCAGUAUUCUACACCUUUGCCCUGUCUCUGCAUCGAGGGCUGGUCUGCCACCUCUGAUGCACCCAGAGUUCAAGUCUUUCCCUUCAGAGACAAUCUGGAGGAGUUGUGGUCUGGCAUUAACUUUGACCCGGUGGAGGAGUUGUUGUCAUGGGAACCGGUGUGUCCUGUUGUUGCGGUGAUCUCACUGUGCCAAAAACAAGGGGACGAUGAGUGUGACGAUCUGGCUGGUUCAUCACAGACCCUCAGCAGGGAGAAGAUAACAUUCUCCACUGUGGAUCCACACCCACAGCUUUGUAUGAAGUUUACCACAGAUUCUGGAUCCUGGAUCCGGUGCCCCUUUGCAGAUGGGAAUUUCCAAGCUUGGGACCUGGGUGUCGACCAGCUGGGGCUGGUUUUAACGUCACGGGUCAGAGCACCCCUCUCUCUUCAUGUGUGUGUGAAGACGGGGACCUCUGCAUGCCACCCAGAACACACACUCCCUGUACAUGUGGAGAAAUCUGCUAAUCUAAACCUGACUGUGGACGUAUGCCUACCAAACACCUGUGUCCAGGUGAAGAGGCUUAACGUAAAGUAUGCUGUCACCAUCCUUCAUUGCCAUAUACGAUGCUUGGACCUAGCUGAUGCCCGUGCCCGUGCCCCUGCAAUGGUUGGGCAAACUCCGGCCUUGCAAGGCUACUUGGAGCUGAUCUGGGUAGUGGUGCCAGCUGUGGCCUGUCUCACUGCUGCUGUCAUAGUGGCAGCUCUAGUCAUCAAAGCCCUUAUAACUGUUCACCAGAGGAGGCACAGAAAAGGACGGCAUGGGGUCUGUACAUUGAAACAACAAACAGAAUCUCAUGCUGUUGCUGUUGACCGCACCACCCCAGGACUCCAAGACCAGACUACUCUCCAUAAAGAGAUGCCCAUACCUUACACUCUUCUGUUUGAAAAUUGCGAAAGGGCUAACUUACUGCAGUUUUAAUUUAGUCUUAGAUUUAGUCUUAAAUUAGAUUUUAGCUUCGUUACAUUUUUGUCAUUUAAUCUUUCGUUAAUUUUUGUAAUUUUCAGUCGACAAAAACCAGGAACAAUUUCAGUCUAGUUUUAGUCACAUUUUAGUCUGCACAUUUUUUUUCUACAUUUAAAUAACUCAACCUCUUACUUGCAUCAUGUGCUCUGAAAAACCCUUCUCUGUAGGAUAUUCAGCGGUUAACUUCGGUCACGACUGGCUCCAUGGGAACUACAAUCCUAGCGAGUUUUAGCGUUUAGAAACGUCAAUAAUCAUCAGAUGCAAAAUGGUUUUCGAAGCGUCUUUCAUAUCUGAGAGAAUGAAUCUUUCAAAUAAAAAAAGAUACACUUACUUACCCAGAUUUUCACAGAUCCAUAAACUGUGUGUCUCCAGCCGGCAAACUACACUUUCACUACACUUCCUCCCCAGUUAUUCUUACACACAAGUGUUUGGAGCAUGCUAGAUAGCUAAUGAGCACAGAUGUCUUCCUAAGUCUUCCGUAAAACAAGUGCUGUAACUUUGAGAUAUGGCCGUGUGGGAGCACCAAUCUUAACCCUAUAAAGGUGUAGUAAUUUAACCUUCACUUUUAAAAAAAUCUCACUGAUAUGAAAGAUUCCUCAUGUUUCUACAACAUUACCGCAAGCGAUGCGUGUUAACGUUCAGAGCGAACGUCGGGUCUCCAGGAAAAAUGUAUAUCCGAUUUUCUCCACAUAGUAACCAUCAGAGUUGGUUAAAUAACAGUGCUUUCCUUCAAAAUAGGAGAAUAUGAGCUUUCCCACAAUGCCAGAAGUAUUACUAUACUCCUAAUAUUCAGCAAAAAUCAUUAGUUUUCCCAAUUGGAAAAGGCAACUGCACCUCGCUAUUGCCAACACAGAUGAAUAAAAGCGCACAUGGCACAAUAGAGCUUCUGAUGUGAUCAGAGCAAAAAUGACCAAAAUGAAAGCAGAGACUUAAAAUACAUUAUUGUUUCUAAUUGAGGUUAGUUUGUUACAAGUUAAGUAUCCUGUCUGCGCAUCAGCUCAAAAGAGAGACCGAGAUUAGUGAUUAAAGUGACUGGGAGCUGUGUUUGUGGGAGAGCCAGAUCAAUACAACCAGCCCAUGCAACAGAAAGAUGUUAUCGACUAAUGAGAGGAUUGCAUUAUAUAUUCUGCACAGGGAUGCAUGCUUAUAAUUGGACAAAACAGAUUUAAAGGAGUUUCGUGUGAAAUUGAAUGUCCAUUUGUCUCACGUGGAAAUCUCGCCUUGUUACAUUUUACAAUUAAAAGUAAUUGGUAAUAGUCAUAGGUUUUUUUCCAGAGCAUUUAAUCUCAUCAUUAGUUUCAUCAGGAAAAAUAGGUUGUUGACUACAGAGAGCUCAAACACGAGAUGUAUGUGGCAGGGUCUACAGUCAAUCAUGGAUUUCAAAAAGAAAACCAGCCCCGUCAUGGACAUCAACAUCUUGCUCCCAGACAAAUUAAACAACUUCUUUGCUCGCUUUGAGGACAAUACAGUGCCACUGACAUGGCCCGCUACCAAAGCCUGUGGGCCCCCCUUCAUUGUGGCCAACUUGAGUAAAACAUUUAAGCGUGAUAGCCCUCGCAAGACUGCCGGCCCAGACGGCAUCCCUAGCCGCAUCCUUAUUGACAUAUUCAAUCAAUCCCUAUCCCAGUCUGCUGUUCCCACAUGCUUCAAGAU